AUGAAAUACGCGCAACUGGUGAUGGGCCCCGCGGGAAGUGGGAAGUCUACCUAUUGCAACACCAUCUACAACCAUUGUUUAAAUGUCGGUCGCCACGUUAUGUGUGUGAACUUAGAUCCAGCCUGCGAGCACUUUAACUAUCCAGCGUCUGUCGAUAUACGCGACUUGAUAAGUCUGGAUGAUGUAUUGGAAGAUGAGGAAUUAACCUUCGGCCCCAAUGGUGCACUCGUAUUUUGUAUGGAAUAUUUAACUCAAAACUUUGAUUGGCUUCACGAGCAUUUAAAUGAAGGCGAGGACGACUAUUUUAUAUUUGAUUUGCCGGGUCAGAUAGAACUUUAUACGCAUCUACCAGUAAUGCGACAGCUUGCUGAUGCUUUGCGAGGUUGGGAUUUUAAUGUUUGUUCCGUCUUUCUUAUCGACACCCAAUUUGUUCUCGAUUCCGAAAAGUUUGUCUCGGGAGCUUUAACUGCUCUAUCAGCGAUGGUUUCGCUUGAAACUCCGCACGUCAAUGUACUAACGAAGAUGGAUAUGCUUUCAGACGAAAAUCGGCAACUUGUCGAGGAAUUUUUGGAGACUGAUCCUUCUGCUUUGGUAGAAUUGGACAACCACUUAUGGAAUGAAAGACACCGAGCAUUGACAAGAAGCAUAGCACAAAUAUUAGAAGAAUAUUCUCUGGUUAAAUUUCUUCCUUUGGAUAGCAAUGAUGAAGAUAGUAUUACCGAGGCCCUGAUGGUUAUCGAUAACACAAUUCAAUAUGGUGAAGAUCUCGAGGUUAAAGACCGAUAUCCAGAAGAGACGGACGACCAAGAAACAAAUGAUUUGAAUCUU